AUGUGGAAUUUUCGUCACUGUCUUGCAUUUUCGUCGUUUAAAAAAGCUCAAUCAGAACAAAUAAGUCGUCAAAGAAUGUUAGAUCGUUAUCAUGCUGGUUCUCCUUCACCAUCCUAUUACGAUUCAUGGGCACGUUCGGCUGCUUUUUCAAAUUCACCAAAAGAUGUUAAUGACGAUCGUUAUGUAGCCGAUCUUCCACCAGUUACAUUACCAAGUGCUAAAGUUGCUAAUGUUCAAUAUCAUCCAACAGCAGCAAUGUUUCAUUCAUAUAAUCCACAAGCAGCAUAUAUUACACAAUCUCAUCAAAGACUAAUCAAGAAAUAUAAUGAUAUUUUUCGAUAUAAUAUACCAUUGCAAGAAAGAUUUCAUCAACAAGAGAUAAAAGAUAUACAAGAAUUUAGAGAUAUUUACUAA